UCUGGACACACCAUGUCGGAGAGAGGAAAAUCCAGUCGCGGUCGCGGCGCGGGUCGUGGACGAGGACGUGGCCGUGGAGGGACAAUGACGUGGGAAUAUGAGGUUUACAAACCCGACGAGAACGUCUACAAUUCCUUAUACCACAUCCGAAGAGCUCCGCCCACCGUCGUACACACCUUAUCGAGCGACUGUCCUAUCCCGAACGCACAAUCACGAAUCCUAAGGCGCGGCCAAACCGACGAUGGAUACCGCCGGCACUACUAUGUUGUGGAGGUCAGGCACAACGUGUCAAGCAGUAAUGCGCGCAAAGGAGAAGAAGAUGAGGUGGAAGUAUUGGAGGUGCUUGUCGACCAAAUCGACCAAUACGUGUCACCCCGUGAACUAGAGCGAUAUGAAAAUGGGGAAUCUCGCGCUGAAACGCAGGCAGAAGCUGCUGUACGGCGUGCUGAGGCUGAGGAACAAAAGCGGCGGCGGCUUGAGAAGAACGCGCGCGCGUCUGGAAAAGGCAGAGGCCGCGGGGGCAGGAUCUUGCAAGGAAUCGGCGUGGAUCCCGGCGAUGAAUCGCAAAGUAGCACAAGAGGACACCGUGGUAGGGGACGACCCAGAGGCCGGGCCAGCAGGCGCGGAAGAGGAGGUUUUGCAACACCUGUACAAAUCGCUGCGGAAGAGGAGAUUGAGGCUGUUGAUCCUGUGACUCCUGUUGAUGACGAAAUGAGCGAGAAUGAGGCCGAUAUUAUCCAACGCACCAUCGCAGAAUCCGAGGAGGAAUCACUAGAAAACGACCCCGCGAAGCUGGCGUCACCCGACCUUGCGCGUUCAUCUUUCGUCGCCAACAGCGCCCUGCCUGUCUCCCCAGUUGCGCCCCAUCAUAAUUCCAGGCCAGUGGAGGCUAUGCGAGAGAUGUUGGACGAGGAUGCACUGUCAGACAAUCGGCCUCGGUCCAUGUCAAGCGCGGCUGAGCAGUUGCAUUUUGAGAGGCGCGAACGGCGUCAACUAACACACGAAGAUGAGCACGUCAUUCCGGAUCGGGAUUAUCAUCGGGGUCAUCUUGCGAAGAAGCAGAGAACCGGCAGCGCUACAUCCUCUCGUCCAGCUCCUCCAUCCGCCUACAAGAAGACUGCGGUUCCAGCGCGUUCCAACUCCAGGAUUGAAAUUUCUCGACAUGCGCCCGCCAGCAAGGAGGAUCCUCGUCGUCGCCGUCCCGCCAUGCCCACGAAGAGCAAGGUACAAGUCGUUGAAUCGUCAGAGUCUUCCAGUGAAUCAGAUUCUGAGUCGGAAUCUAGCGAAUCCUCUCAAGACGUCAUCACAGUGCAUGUGCCAGCACGUAAACCGAAGCACAGGCCCACUCGGGGUGGAAGAACUCCUUCUGGUCCGGCACGCGACUCACAGUAUGGAGGUAGCAGGGUUCCGUCCACACAUCGCUACAACAGCAGUCAGCCUGCACGCAGCUCCAAGAGCAGACAUAGCAGAGCUAUUUCGAUAUUCCACCAGUCUAAGCCAGAACGUUCGCGAGAUCUGUAUAAAUACAUGGAAAAUGACAUGGACGACGAGGAUGACGAUUACGAUGAUGAUGCAGAGCGAGGCGUGACCCUGGACCACCACGAGGAUGAGGAUGAGGAUGAGGAGGAAGAAAGCGCCAACGACAAUGUAGAUGAAGACGAUGACACCGACGAUGAUGAAGAUGAAGGCGCUGAAGAGUACGUCGUGGAGGAGAUUCUUGACCACAACUUUGAGAGCGGCCUGAAAUAUUACCUGGUCAAAUGGCAGGGGUACGAGAACAGCGAUUGGCUGGAGGAAAAGGAUUUGGGAGGCGCAAAGGAGGUCCUGGUUGACUAUAAAAGGAGGAUUGCUAUCAGGAAGGGCAAACAGCCUAUGCGUUGA